AUGAGAAGAUGUGGCCCAAUACCAGCUUUGACUAUCUUCGUCGCUUACGCUCCAACAUCAAGCUACGAAGAAGAAGUCGAAGCUUUCUAUAUGGACCUGGAGAAGUUCUACCGAGAAGAUCAUGCCUUCUACAAGGUCAUAAUUGGCGAUUUCAACGCUAAGGUUGGCCCAAGAAGAACGCCGGAGGAACUUCACAUCGGGACCCACGGCCUACAAUGGAAUGACCAGGGGAAGAGACUCUCCGAGUUCAUCAUGACGACUAAGACCAUCCAUCGGCAACUAUCGUCCAAUCUGCCUACUGUCCGUCAUCUACAAGCUCUUUACAAGAGUGAUCCUUAA